ACAACCAUGUUGUUACAAAGCACCACUUCAACUUUAACUGUUAGGAGAGAGACUGCUCAUUAUCUGUAUAUUGGUGACAGAGCGACCGGGACAACUGUGAUUUUACAUCGCCGGGAUCUGGCGUGUAUACCCUCACACGCUAGACUCUUCCCCCGACAAGCGCAACAGAUCCCAGUUGUGUUCGUGGCCUGCUCGACAUGCAUUAGGGCUGCCACUAAACCCGGAGAAGAACACUAGUUGCAGUAGGAAUUAAGUUUGAAGUUCGGAUGAGUGGGGCAAUGCAGGCGACACACCAGAGACAACUGAAGAACCUGAGGGUUCUGAUUCUAUGUAUUUCGGUGGCCAUCCUAGCGUCGGGAGUUGACGCAGGUGGAAAGAAGCACAGUGGGCCAUGUGGAGGGAGAGACUGCAGCGGAGGGUGUCAAUGCUUCCCUGAGAAAGGUGCCAGAGGCCAGCCUGGUCUUCUUGGUUCUCAGGGCCCCCAGGGGCCUCCAGGACGUCUAGGGGACCCAGGAGUCCAGGGAGUCCAGGGAGAGAAGGGCGACAGGGGCAGAGGAGGCUUCAUCGGCCCCAAGGGUUCUGUGGGGAUGACUGGUGUUCCUGGGUUUUCCGGGUCGGACGGUAUUCCUGGCCACCCAGGACAGGCUGGGCCUCGUGGGAAACCUGGAGCAGACGGGUGCAACGGAACACACGGAGACUCAGGGUCGGCAGGGCAACCAGGCUACGAUGGCCAGCCCGGGUAUAAUGGUCAGAUGGGCAGGAAGGGACAGAAGGGAGACACUCUGGAGCUGAGUGUGUUCAUGGAGCGCUUCAGGGGAGAUUCAGGGCAGCCCGGAUAUCCUGGAUUAGUUGGUCCUCAGGGUUACCCAGGUCGGUCUGGCUACAGAGGACUCCCGGGACCACAGGGCCCACAAGGGUAUCCUGGUCUUCCUGGGCCAAAGGGCACCAUGACAAAAGUGUUGAAAGGGGUCAAAGGAGAACCUGGUGACGCUGGAAAGCCUGGUCCCCAAGGGAACUCCACCCAUUCCCAGACCGGUCCAAUUACUGGACCCAAUGGCAUAAAGGGUGAGAAAGGGUUGAAAGGUGAUACUGGUCCUGAGGCUGACAACAAAGGAGAGACUGGUGUUAUAGGGAUGCCUGGACAACGGGGCAUUCCUGGUCGGGAUGGAGAGCAAGGACUGAGGGGGGACUUGGGAGAACCAGGACUGAGGGGCAGAGAUGGUCAAAAGGGUGCCAGAGGAGAACCAGGGGAGCUGAUUUAUCACGAUGGUCCCUCAGGAGGGCAGGACAGAGUUGGUCCCCCUGGUCCUCCUGGACAGCUGGGUCCCCAGGGCCAGAGGGGUCUGGAGGGGGAGAAAGGUCUUCCAGGCCGCGCUGGACCUCCUGCCAGGAAGGAUCAUGAUCAACAACAAGUGGUGGAUCUGUGGGGUCCAUUUGGAGAGCCGGGGGUAAAGGGAGAGAUGGGCGAACCUGGAGAGCUAGGUAUCCCUGCCCUCAGCCCCGGACCCCCGGGUAUCAAUGGCCUGCCUGGGCUCGGGGGCCCACCCGGACCACCAGGAUCAUGGGCGGACUUCUACAAGGGAUUUUCAGGGCCGAGAGGGCGGCCAGGCUCUGCGGGAAGAAAAGGACUGAAAGGUGAUCACGGGUUGUGCGAGUGCAACAUUGUCCAUUCCCCUCCGGGCCUGCCCGGCCCUGCUGGUAGCCAAGGCGACACUGGAAAGAGUGGCGAGGUUGGUCAGCAGGGAGAGUCAGGAGAGCCAGGACCCCGAGGUGUCAUCGGACUGCCUGGGUUCCCUGGUGCCACAGGACAACCGGGUCCAAAGGGCAGGAAGGGCGAGUUAAUUCAGGCCAAAGAGAAAGGAUAUGCCGGGGACCCAGGAGACCCAGGUGCGACAGGUGACCCAGGAAUACAGGGCUUCCCUGGGCCCAGUGGGAUCAAUGGAUUCCCUGGGAAUCGUGGUCCUUCAGGAGAUGCACCUGCUGGGCUCACUGGAGAAAAAGGUUAUCAGGGCCGGCCGGGUCUGCCUGGGUUGUUGGGACAGAUGGGAGAACCAGGACGGGUUCUAGGUGCAACUAAAGGGGUUCAAGGGUUGCAAGGCGAUGAUGGGGAGCGGGGUCAUCCUGGUAUCAAAGGUCAAGCUGGCGAUCCAGGAGUGUCUGGCUGUAGUCCGAGAGGAGAUGGAGAACAGAAUGACAUCACAGGUGAUUGCGAUGCCAUACCUGGACCACCCGGUAUACCAGGACCACCAGGACCCCACGGGUUAGAAGGUUUCCUAGGUCUCCCAGGUCAAAAAGGAUCAACAGGUCUACUUGGAGAUAACGGGGCCAAAGGAGAGAUAGGAGAUCAAGGCAGAGGAGGGUCACCUGGAUAUCCAGGUUUUAGGGGCCUCCAUGGAGACUUGGGUCAGCCUGGCUCAAAGGGUAAUUCUGGAACCCAAGGUCUGCCAGGUCAACAGGGUCGGAACGGGGAGCCAGGAGAGAAGGGACCUCACGGGGAGAUCUGGGGAGCGUCGACCGGACAACGUGGAGAAGUGGGUCUUCCUGGAGAGCAGGGACCUAAAGGGCUCAGCGGAGAGCCUGGAAACGAGGGUUACCCAGGGAUGGGUGGCAUGCCUGGUAUGAUUGGGUUCAAGGGCGACGUAGGUCCUUCAGGUCUGCAAGGGGAGCAAGGAGGACCGGGAGCUGCUGGGAAGUAUGGCUGGCCAGGUGUACCCGGAACGGCUGGUGUCCCUGGACCAACAGGAAGCACCGGACAACCAGGUUUGAGCGGAAACAGGGGUGAUCAGGGGGACCCUGGCACACCAGGGCCCAUAGGACUAAAGGGGACACUGGGAGAGUUUGGUAGUCAGGGCGCUGAGGGAAACACCGGAGAGCAGGGUGACCCCGGAGUGCCAGGACCUACAGGACACUCUGGCCUGCCAGGGUUCAAGGGUAUCAAAGGGUCUCGUGGCAUGUCAGGGUUUGGAGGAAUGCCUGGUGAGUCGGGCCUGAAGGGCUUCUCUGGACAGAAAGGAGAGACUGGCGAUCCCGGCGGAUUUGGACAGAAAGGAAUCAUGGGCGACUAUGGUUCAAAGGGUGACCGUGGUCUGAGGGGUCCAACUGGCGAGAAACCCCACAUCCCUCGUCAGAUCAUCAAAGACAUGAAGGGGACAAAGGGAGAAGAUGGAACCACAGGACAGAUCGGAUUCACUGGACCCAGAGGUCCUAAAGGUUUUCCCGGUGUUCCGGGAAUGGAGGGCUACCACGGCGUUCCCGGAGACCCCAGCGAUGAGAAGGGUUUCCAAGGCAACCCAGGCGCACAGGGACUUCCGGGGCCAAAAGGAAUGCCUGGUCUGACAGGAUCAAACGGAAUCAGCGGCUUUCCCGGGAUGUCUGGUCACAGGGGGGAUAAAGGUAACCCCGGUGCCUACGGAUCCUCAGGAGAUCCAGGAGUGAAGGGUGUCAAAGGUGAGGGGGGUGCCGUAAUCGACAUGCCCGGAUCCACAGGACUGAGGGGGGAGGAUGGUUUCCCUGGGGUUCCAGGUCAGAAGGGCUACAUUGGGAAUCUGGGAGACAGGGGAGGUGGAGGUUUCCAUGGUAUUGAGGGCAUGAAGGGCGUGCCAGGUGAACCUGGCACAGGAGGACCUGUAGGAUCUGAUGGUCAACAAGGGUUUCCAGGCAACCAGGGUACGAAGGGAUGGCCUGGGGUCCCCGGAGAAUCAGGCAUACAUGGACAACCAGGCUUCCCCGGACAGAGAGGUUUCCCGGGACUAAAGGGUAUAUUCGGACUGGAUGGGCUGAAGGGUCAGAAGGGAAUCCCUGGACUUCCAGGUCAGGAUAACUUUGGAACCCCAGGUGACCCCGGUGCUAAGGGAGCGAGGGGAGAGACAGGUAUACCCAACUCCGAGGUCGGGACACCCGGAUCGCUGGGUUUGAAGGGAGUUCAAGGACAACCAGGUGACCAGGGCCAGGUGGGACCCCCAGGGUUUCAGGGCCCCCAAGGGCCACAGGGCACCUCAGACAGACCCGGACCGUCAGGAGAACCUGGCUUCCCUGGACCCAAAGGACUGCCAGGUUUCCCUGGGCCCCGUGGUUUACCUGGUGAGCCCUCUCAAUAUGGAGAGAAGGGUUUAACUGGCCAGUAUGGCGUCACUGGAUUCCCUGGUCUGAAAGGAAAGCAGGGGGAUCAGGGACCAUCAGGAUACAAAGGACAGAGCGGAGUGUCUGGGAAGAAAGGUGUGAAGGGAGGUCAAGGGAUGAUGGGAUUUCCUGGUAGGUCUGGUUUCCAAGGAGACCGAGGUCCUUCCGGCCCAAAAGGAAGUACUGGACUCACAGGUUAUCCAGGAGCCCCAGGUAACCAGGGCCCAGCCCCACUACCCACCAGGAUGCCAGGAGAGAGGGGUGCUCCAGGUCCUCAGGGUAUCCGAGGACCGGAGGGGGUACGAGGGGAGAGCGGCCCUAAAGGACCCCCUGGAGAUCCAGGCUACUUUGGGCCCCAGGGGCAGAAGGGGAUGCCAGGGGUGGGUGGCAGACCAGGUGCCCCUGGGUACCGUGGGAAUGUUGGAGGGAGGGGCCAUCUCGGUCUGCAGGGCAUGGAAGGUCACCAUGGUAACCCAGGAACUACAGGGUUGCAUGGCAUGCCGGGCCGCAGUGUGAGCGUGGGAUACCUGCUGGUGAAGCACAGCCAAUCAGAGCAAACCCCCAUGUGCCCCGUGGGCAUGUCGAAGCUGUGGGACGGCUACAGUCUGCUGUACUUCGAGGGCCAGGAGAAGGCCCACAACCAGGACCUAGGUCUGGCGGGCUCCUGCCUCCCUCGUUUCAACACCAUGCCCUUCCUGUACUGCAACCCCGGAGACGUCUGCUACUACGCCAGCCGCAACGACAAAUCCUAUUGGCUGUCCACCACCGCGCCCCUUCCCAUGAUGCCCGUGGAGGAAGGUGAUAUCAAACCCUACAUCAGCCGCUGCUCUGUGUGCGAAGCUCCGUCCGUCGCCAUCGCCGUGCACAGCCAGGAUAUUACCAUCCCACAAUGCCCUGCUGGCUGGCGCAGCUUGUGGAUUGGCUACUCCUUCCUCAUGCACACAGCAGCAGGUGACGAGGGUGGGGGUCAGUCUCUGUCGUCUCCUGGUUCCUGUCUGGAGGACUUCCGUACCACGCCCUUCAUCGAGUGUAACGGGGCCAAGGGCACCUGCCACUACUUCGCCAACAAACACAGCUUCUGGCUCACCUCCAUCGAGCAGUCCUUCCAUGCAGAACCUGCCUCAGAGACCCUGAAAGCAGGCCAGCUCCUCUCACGCAUCAGCCGUUGUCAGGUCUGCAUGAAGAACCUGUGACCUGGUUCACCCUAAGUCUCCGUUGACCCUGUGAUGUCAUUUCCUGUGACCAUACCCCCCUGCCAAACACAAUUCAGGUAGUUAUUGCCUUUGGUCUUAGGCACAGAUCUAGGUUUAGCUUACCCUCCCCAAUUCUUAACUGUAGCCAUGAAGCGGAAACGCAAAACGAACCUUAGAUCAGCAUCUAUGGGACAGCUUCAUCCUACUCCCCCGAACCUUGACUUGUGAGGACUGAAGGACUGUGUGAACGCUUCAAAUGGAGAGCAAGUAUGCUGUGUUAAGAAAUAAAUCCCUGCCAUAAAGUCAGCGAUAUGAAAUUUACAUGUAAAUGCUUUUUAAUUGUUUGUCCAAUUUGAUAUGGUGCUCUAACUUAUUACCUCAGCUAUAAUUAUACACCAAAUGUUUAACUGACCAUACCAAGAACAUACAGCUGAAACAACCAAAGAUGCAUGUGUGUGUGUACGCACCGCUUCAGUUAUCAAAUGGAUUAAAUGGAUUGGUGUGUACUGCUUCAGUUAUUACAUUUUAAAAGUGUUUGUUUUAUUAUUCAGGUAUAAAGUGCUAAUGCCACUUCACUAAUAGUGACCCUCAACCAAUUGUAAAUUAGGUUUGGUUGAGGUUUUUGCUCUUAACAUUCAGUAUUAUAUUCAGUAUUAUUCUGCUUUACAUUGUGUUCGCACAUAACAUAAGAGCCACUGUGCAAACCUUUGCCUCAGUUUGUUCGCUAUAUCAAUAUAUUUCACAGCUCUUACCCGAACGUGACAUUCACAAAUUGCUUUGAUCACAAAAUGCACUGAUUUACUUUAUAUUUAUAUCUGCUGAAUGAACUUAAUUCACUCAUAACUAAAAACUUUUUUUUACCCAUGACAUCACAUUUUCCCAGUAUACAUUGUUCAUAUGAAACAGUCAGCUCAGUCUCUGCUGGAAUCAAGCCAGCACAGAAAUGCAAACAACUCUGUCCAAAGUCUAAGCUACAAGGACUGGUUGAACAAAAACUGGUCAGCGAUCCCUCCAGAGCAUGCAUUUGUCUAUCACAUUCUAGGUCCUAGGAAGUCUGUGGUAUUGGCCAUUAAAAUAACACCAGUUUUAUAUUGUACAUUUCCAGCCACUUCAGAUGAACGGCUUUCUUUGGACAUUAGUUCAAUGUAAUUAUGUUGAAUCCAUAGAAAUGUAUUGUAAUGGUGUCAUAACUAAAAUAAAUGGUUUUGUUUGUUGAA